AUGCUCUUAGAGGUUCUUCAUUUGCCCAUACCAGCCCCAACAAAAGAGCCGAAUUCUGAACGGGUGAUCAUUCAUGCUCUUCCAUUGGAUGCCUCCGGCGCAACCUCAAACAACUGGACCGCUCUUAAGCGAACCGGCAGCUGUAUCCGGAUCUCCACUCUUGUCCAUUGCACCGCCACAUCGGAGGCCGCUGCAAGGAGCGCAGGGCCCUGGCCCAGACCCAGACCGCAUGUGAUUCAGAACAAGCGCUUGGCCGUUAACUUGUCAACCAGUACGCCACCCUAG